GAAAGUUAUUUGUUUACGUUGUUAAUUUAUUAAUUCCGCGUUUAUGCAAAUUGUGGUCCAAUUAAUAUCGUGUUGGGUUUAAUUUGUGUGCUUUUCGCUGAUUACGGUUGCGUAAAUCGCGAUAAUGACUCACUUUACGUGUUUAUAAAAAAUCAGGGUCAGCAACGUAACGGUGCAAUAACCCUGCCAUUUUGUGUCUAGUGUUAGCUGGUGUUGUUUUUGUCAAAUAAAAUGUGUUCUAUCACCGUUUUUGCCACGUUUUCGCCGUCUGUUUAAGUGUUGGGAUAACAAAAAUCACCAAUUAGUGGGCCCCAGAAAUGGUGAGGCCUCCACAUGUCGCGACGUCUGCCCUCGACACAUUGCCGCACCACUUCUGACAAUCCUUAUCAGCCGACAACAGUUCCAGCACCGCAUGGCUGCGCCCAUCACCAUCACCACCUCCAGCAUGAGCGGGCGCCCUAUCGCAACGGGCACACCGUUAUCGAUACGGCCCUGAGCGAUGACACAUUGACAGAUAGCUACGACCUUUACCACAAACACUAUGCUAGCUUUUCAGACGAAAGCGACGACUGUCGCCGGAUGUCCCGCAACUCCCGGAAACUCCGGGAGAACCCCGCCGUCCACAAGGACGUGCGCCGGGUCUACCCCCAGGGCUUGUACCAAGAGGUGCCAACGCAACAAAUCGAGGCGCCCCGCCGGCCCCCCGACCGCCCCCAGAGCUCGAUGAGCUCGGGCGUCACCAGCGCCAUCGUGGACGGCUGCGGCGGCAAAUGUCAGACGUUCGAAAACGUUUGCUAUUUUUUCCUGCAGUUGGUGUUCAUGAUGGGGAUUUUGAUCGGCGUCAGUUUGUGCAUUGCCGGCCUGGUUUUGCGCAAAUCGGCCGCGCGGAAUUUGCAGGUUUUGGUCUAUAUUGGGAUUUUGUUGGGGAUUGUCAGUGGCGUCCUGUUGGGGAUCCAGUGGAAUGCGCGCCAUGUCGCCAAAAAGCGGAAAAUGGCGGUGCGGAACGCCAAAAGGGGGCCCAUUCCGCUCGAGACGCUCCAGCCGCGGGGGCCCCUGCCCAUGGUGGCGGUACAGGAGGGGCAAAGGGUUGUACCGCAGGUUUUGAGGCCCGUGCACGACCAGCAGGGGAUUCCCUGGUGGAGGCGCAAGGAUCUUGUAUAAGACUGAAGUGUACAAACUGUAAAUAGGAUAUUUUUCUACCUCUUCGUAUGGAAGUCUAGUCUAGGAAUUAAAAGCGAGCGAUAAUUCUGUUACGGAAAUUUAUUUAAUAAGAAAAAUUGUAUUAAGUACAACGAAUGUUUGUAAAUUUGUUUAUAAUAAAAACAGCCGUUUUUUUCAUACAA